AUGGAGAAAAGUGGUCAUCGUUUCGUGAUACAAUACUUUUAUUUGAAAGGUCUCAGCAUAUCCAAUAUAAAAGCUGAAAUGGAUUCUACUUUGGCCGAGUCUGCCCCUUCGUUUACAGCAGUAAAAUAUUGGGUAGCAGAGUUUAAACGAGGCCGUUCGAGCUGCCAAGACGAGCAUCGCAGUGGUCGACCAAAUGAGGUGACGACUCCAGAAAUGGUCAAGAAAAUCCACAAAGCGGUAAUGAAUGCUCGUCGACUGAAAGCACGCGAGGUAGCAGAUAUAGUAGGCAUUUCAAAAAGUAUAUUAUCUAAAGAUUUGGAAAUGAGAAUGCUGUGUGCAAGAUGGGUGCCGCGUUUGUUCACACUCGACCAAAAACAGUGUCGUGAAGAGGUUUCAAUUGAGUGUUUAGCGAAUUAA